UCAUCAUAAGAUAAAAUGACUUUGUUGUGUUUGGUGCUGAGUCUUGCAACUACUGGCAUCGCUAUUAAAGUUGAUUUUCCAUAUUCCAAUGAAAUACCAAAAUAUCUCUCUCACAUUUGGACAUCAACGGGCUUCAGCCCCGAGGCUCGGAAUUCGACAAACUGGACAUGGCCUCUUGAUCUUACUCGCGAUGAGCGUUUGGGUUUUGCACUGAUCGGCUCACUGCGUGGGGGUGCAUUGACACAUGUCCGUAUUCAUUGGCUUUUCGAUUUCAUCACUUACAACCAUGACUCGGCGGAGAAAACUUUUAACUUUUCCGCGCUAGACUCAACCAUGUCCUUGCUGCACCAGCACAAUUUGAGUCCCUCGUUCGAACUCAUGGGAAAUCCUUCCGGCAAGCUUCUACUUGACGAUCAAACGGACCAGCAGCCGCUGCGAAGCCUUGUUCUUCAGACAAUAUCGCGAUACCAGUCCAAAUUCGGGUCUGACAGAGUCCAACUUUGGCGGUGGGAAACGUGGAACGAGCCUGACCUUCGCAUGUACUGGAACGCUUCGCUGCCAGCUUAUAUCUCUUACCUUAGGACUGUGGUCGAUGCCCUGACACAAGUGGGCCUCAAGGUUGGCGGUCCUGCGGGUCUCUUUCGGCCAAAACACCGCAUCUGCUGGCAAGCUUUGGAUGAAUUCGCGCGCCUCUCGCAGCCGGAGAAAAAGAUCUCGUUCCUUUCAUUCCACCGCAAAGGAAAAAAUAGUGCUGAUGAGGUGAUAGCAGGAACUCAAGGUCUGAUCAAAACUAUUAAAUUUCGCUAUCCAAAUCUCGACAGCAUACCGAUGUCAAACGAUGAAGCCGACCCUCUAAGCGGUUGGUGGAGGCUGUGCGAUUGGCACGCGGACGUGCGCUACGCAGCAAUGGUGGUGCGCACCGCCAUCAGACUGUUGGACAACGUCACCUUCCUAAGCAACGACAACGCUUUCCUUCCGCACGCGCCGCACUACUUCACGCAACGCACCCUUCUGGCAAGGUUCCAACAGUCUGAAAGUUCAACCCACUUCUUUUUGAAGCCAGUUGCCAUCAGUUUGGUCCUUCUUUCCCUGCUGGGAGAAAAGCUCGUUCCUUUCACUAUAAAAGGAAGUGAUGACAGACUAACCAUACUGUCAAGCUCAUCAUUCAGCGACGAUGGCGCCUUCGAAGGUGCCACAGUCAUCUCCUUUGCCAAUGAAACGCAAGACUGUCCUUAUGAGGCGAUCACUGUGGACCUGGCGCUGCACUGCGAGGGCAGUCGUUGCGCCGAUGACGCGCGCUAUGCCCUCUUUCUGUUGGACAACAUUCGAACCAACCCGGAACGCGUUUGGCGAGAUGGAGGCAGCCCCGCCGUUCCUGAUGCUGUCCUACGACGCCGCAUGCGAGACGCGCAGGGUCCCUUCCGCGUGGUCACAUCAGCACCAAUUACGAUGGGUCUCACGCUGACGCUUCGUGUGCCAAGCGUCGCUCUUGUCCAGGUGUGCAGCAAAAGGGAAGCCGUGCCUGGUGCGCCAACCAACCUGACUGCACUGCACCCGGCACCUGGAGAGACCCUGCUGGUUUGGAGUGAUCUGGAAGUUGGCACCAGAUGCUUGCUUGGUUAUGAGAUAUAUAGUCGGAACAGUUCAGAUGCCACCUGGACAAAGCUGACUCAAGGGUCCAUUUUGACACAAUGGCAUCAUGACGCAAUCAAAUACGAAUAUCAAGUGCAUGCUGUUGAUUUAUGGAAACGACAUGGGUACAAAUCUUCUAUUGUAACCCAAAGGGGUUAAAAGGUUUUAAACACCUUUGUGAGAAGGAUGAAAUAAAAUUAUGUUUAAUUGUCUUUACAAUCGUUAAAUUUUAACUCAACUUUUACAUCAUGACGCCUUUUGGUUAGGUUAACAGGGCUCCAUCAAAAGCAUAGGUAAAACUUUAGUACUUUCAAGUAUUAAAGAUAUUUAAGGUAUCCAUUUGCCUAUGAUCAAUUUAUAAUUUGAGACGAACCAAA